AUGUUUGGCAGCAUAGAGGGGGUCGUGGUGCCCCUUCAGGAUCUUAACAUCUUCCCCAAGUGGCCCAAAGAAGUGUUGACAGGUUAGUGCCAUACAGUAGCUGAGAUACUUCUUCUUCUUCUUCUUCUUCUUCUUCUUCUUCUUCUUCUUCUUCUUCUUCUUCUUCUUCUUCUUCUUCUUCUUCUUCUUCUUCUUCUUCUUCUUCUUCUUCUUCUUCUUCUUCUUCUUCUUCUUACUUCUUCUUCUUCUUCUUCUUCUUCUUCUUCUUCUUCUUCUUCUUCUUCUUCUUCGCUGCAUUCAAUUGAAAUGACUUCAAACCAAGGCAUUGUCUCAUCAUCAUAGUUGUUCAGGGAUCGAGAUCACAAGCUUGUCAUUGACCUUGGUGGGAUCGUCUAAACAGUGAGGAGGAGCACCCUUGGAAGAACCUAAGGUUGACAACGUUUAACAAACGUCUUCUGUUUUGUCUUCUUUCAGGUGUGACUUGUAUUGUUGGAUUCACCAUCGCUCUCAUAUCCACCCAACUACUGGCUGGCUCUGUUCCACAGCGUCGCCGGCUCCAUCCCUCUCCUAGUCAUCGCCUUCUGUGA